UUAUGCGGUUUUACGACUACUACUUUCGUUAUUCCUUGCUGAUACUGCUGAGACUACCGUGUGCGCUACCCCAUAGUGAGGGGAGCGGAUCCUGGGAACAGAGAAGGUUCGAAGAAAGCGGUUAGACAGAUUUGGGGAUGCUUUUGGAAGCUAAUUACUAUUUAAAUGCUUCUAGUCAGUUAGCCCUAGCUUAACUUUUGAGUUUGGUGAACUUGUGGAAAGUAUUUCGGCUCUAGCCAAACUUUGGACCCACUUUCACUUUUAGCUACUGAAAUUUGUGAUGUGAAUGUUUGCUCCGCUGGAGAAUCCUGCUGUAGCAAUCUGUUGACUCAAACAGGUUGAACUGGAACCAGAGUCCAAAGGUGGAGUUACAGUCCCAACACGGAACCCGGUGCAGAUAAGCUAUCAUCGGAUUAAACGAGCCAUUCAGGUUGUACACAAGACCACAAUGAGUUGACCACAAAUGGCGUGGGACGGCACUGAGACAAAAUAGGAUACACUUUCCCACAAUGGGGAGCCAUAGGAACGGUUUCAAGAAGGACAGCUACAUUUUGUCGGUGGACGUGGGCACAACGUCAAUCAGAUGUCACGUCUAUGACAAGGAGGCGAAGAUCCGAGGAUCAUGCUCUACAAAGGUUGUGCUCCUCUAUCCAGAGGUAGGACAUGUGGAGAUGGACCCAGAUGACCUGUGGAAAGGGUUUAUCUCUGUGGUUAAAGGAGCCGUGCAAGAUGCAGGAAUACAAAUGCACCAGGUAGAGGCCCUUGGGAUCUCCACUCAGCGUGGUACCUUCACAACAUGGGACAGGAGAACUGGGGUUCCUUUCCACAACUUCAUCAGCUGGCAGGAUCAGAGAGCUGCAGACCUGGUGAAGUCCUGGAACAGAUCCUGCACCAUGAAAGCAAUCCAUGGUGCAAUGAAGGUCCUCUACUUUGUUACCAGGCAGAAACGGUUGCUUGCAGCGAGUCUCGUCGUCUUCUCCACUCAGCAUGUCACUUUUCGCCUCGUCUGGGUCUUGACACAUUACACACAGGUUCGUGAAGCAAUAGAUGAAGGUAACUGCUGCUUUGGGACAAUAGACAGCUGGCUCCUGUUUAAACUCACAAAAGGACACCUGCAUGCCACCGAUUACUCUAAUGCCAGUUCAACAGGGAUUUUUGACUCUUAUCAGAUGUGCUGGAGUGGGUUUCUCUCCUCUCUUGUGUCCCUGCCGCUCUCUAUUUUCCCCAAAGUAGAAAAUACAGGCCAUGACUUUGGUUCAACAGACCCGUCCAUCUUCGGCGUGUCCAUUCCUAUCAUGUCAGUGAUGGCAGACCAACAGGCAGCCAUGUUUGGAGAGUGCUGCUUUGAUGUUGGUGAUGUAAAGAUCACCAUGGGAACAGGCACCUUCAUGGACAUAAACACUGGGAGCAAACCACAUACAUCUGUAGCAGGUCUGUAUCCUCUUGUGGGGUGGAAGAUCGGCUCAGAGGUGGUGUACCUGGCAGAAGGAAAUGCAGCUGACACAGGCACCGCCAUCAAAUGGGCACAGAAGCUGGAGCUCUUCUCUGAUGUCAGAGAGACCAGCGCCAUGGCUUACAGUGUCAGUGAUUCAGAUGGAGUGUGUUUUGUUCCUUCCUUCAGUGGCCUGCAGGCUCCUCUGAAUGAUCCAAAAGCAUGCGCUUCCCUCAUGGGCCUAAAACCAUCUACUACUAAAAGCCACCUGGUUCGGGCCAUUCUGGAGUCGGUUGCCUUCAGAAAUAAGCAGCUGUAUGAGACAAUGUUAAGAGAAACCCGUAUUCCCAUCACAAAGAUAAGGGUGGACGGUGGUGUUUCCUCCAAUGACUUCGUCAUGCAGCUGACCUCAGACUUGUUUGGUAAAAAGAUAUCCAGACCCCAGCACCAUGAGAUGUCAUGUCUCGGGGCUGCUUUUGUCGCUGGACUUGAAGUGGGUUUCUGGAGGACGCGCGAGGAGCUGAAAAAGCUGCAGAGUGCCGACGAUGAGUUUUCGCCCCAGUGUGCAGACAAGGAGUGCACCGGCAGCCCGAACGGGGAGUACGUCCCCAUCCUCCAGAGCUGGGAGAGAGCUCUGCGGCGCUCCAUGAAUUGGUACAACAAGCCUUGACACUGGAAGCAGACACACGGGGAGAGCCCAUGGGGUGACCAUGGAGGAUGGAGAUGUCAGAUCUGAUGACAUUUGAAAGUAGAUCGAUUAUAUAUAUAUUUAUAUAUAUAUAUAUAUAUAUUUUUUUUUUUUUCAAAAAAAUUACUGUUUACAAAAUAACAACCAUUAGCUGUGAGUCUAAUUUUAACGGGCAAAAAUAAAUCCUGGGCUACUUACGUAAGGAAAACAUCGUUGCCAGCAGUUACUUAGUCGUCCUAGGGAACAUGACAGCAGUUUUUUUAUUUUUCCCGAGAUCUGUUUUCACUGCCACUUGUUUGCACAUAAUCUACCUAGCUUAGGUUUUAGAAACUUGUUGAAGAGGUGUAGCACAGUCAUGGAAAGAACUCGUCCUGGACCACAGCAGGGCAUUGAUCUUGUCAUAGGAUACACUCUCCAAGUGCCCCUCUAAUGUAAGGCUAAAGGACAAAUGCACUGACAUGAUGCUACAGCACUGAUUGAUACAGUUGAAGGCACGCUUGUACUAACUUCACACAGCAGUGCAGGUCAGAUCAAAGCCAAAGGAUUCCCCAGCCACAGCCUUGAAUUGCUGUUCCUUGACUGGAUUUCCUCAUCUUGCACACAGCAGCCUGUUUACAAGCACAUUUCAUUCAUUCCAGGCUGGACGUCACUGGUGCUGCUUCAUAUUUCAGUCAGUUUUUUUUUGUUGUUUUUUUUUUUUCCCCCAGCGGAAAUAAGAUUUUUACAUUUUCCCACAUGGGGGUGCUGAUGACCACCUUUUGCAGCUUUUUAAAAAUCAUGACGUCGCCAUAGCAACCGCAUGCCAAAUGUUCAUCAGCAGCCAAAGAGUUAAAAGCGUUCAUACCAGAUUCACACAUGAGCCUCUGUUCAUGACACCUCAGACUGCACAAAAGGAAGCCCAGAUCCGACAUGUGCAGCUUAAUGUUUCACUUUUUCAUGUAGCAGCUGCCUCUCAAUUUUAAAUUUGAAGGUUGACCUCGUAAAGUCAUACAUGAUGCCUUUUUUUUUUUCAAUUCAUCACUGUGUGAUCAUCAAAUUAUAUUCAGUGGCUAUAUUCAGAGAUUUAAAUAUGACUAGAACAAAAAACUAAUUGUAUGUGUUUGUUUUUCUGUAUGUGGGAAUUUGACUGGAGUUAAGUGUUUAAUGUUAAUUCUAUGCUUCCAAUUAGUCGAUUAUAUACCUCUCGAUUGGCAACAAGAGCUGGAAAAAGUAUUAGAUUUAACUGUAAUAAACACAAAAAUGUUUUGUACUGUUUGAUGCUUUGAUCUGUUAUUUUGUUGUUCGAACCAAGUCCAUGUCUCGUGAUUAUUCUUUGUUAGUGUGGAGUACAACCACGGGGAUGUCAUAUGAUAAUGUUUUGACUUGAGUCUUGAUCUCGACUUGAUGAACUCUGAUGACAUUGUUUAAAAUUCUGAUCGCGUUAUGAUGAAGCACAAAUGACUAACUAGAUUUAAACUGUGAAUGUCUUUCCUGACUUGUUCUGCUCCCCGUGUGAUGAUCUGUUUUCUUGCAAAGUGUAAUACUGUGCCUAACCCUAAAGUUAACCCCAGUUCACGUGUGUGACAUCACUUGUACUUCAUUCAGUUUCUGAAUGGCACGUGUCAUUCCAACAUGCUGGGGCCUAGCAGAUGAAUGCAAUGUGUGUAAUUGUAAAAAGAUUUGCAUGAGAAGGCCGAGCAUUUUUGUUGCUGGGGAGGGGCUUCUAUUAAAAACCUGAAUUAUCA